AGUGGGACGAAGUUAGCUUUCAAGCAACCGCAAUAUUUAGUGCAGAAAAUUAAGGAAACAAGCGAAAAUUUUUGUGAAAACCCGCAUACCGCAAAUAUUUAGUAUGUCAACUUUAGUUCAAAGAAUCACCAUAUUAAGCAAUCUGCUGUUGCUGUUGGUGUACCAGCAAAUAUUUUUGGCCGGAACUCAAGCAGCUCCGACCGCGACCGCCAACGGGCAAGCACCAUUAACCUUGCAGCACAACAACGUAGAAGCUUCAGUAUUAAGCAACCGCGGCGCCAACAACAGCAAUGCUAAAUACAAUUUGAAAUGGACACCGCGCAGCGCUUGGCAGGCGGCCACACCACUUCACGCCCCAACACAUAUCUCAACCGUGGGCGGCGUGUCACAUGUGAUAAUUCAUCAUACCGCAACACCAGCUAGCGCAUGUCGACUCAACACCAACGCCUGCGCCGCCACCAUACGCGCCAUGCAGCGUACGCAUCAGCAGCAACGCGGUUGGGAUGACAUCGGUUACAAUUUCCUAAUCGGUGGCAGUGAUGACCAAGCCGAGAUUUAUGAGGGGCGCGGCUUUGAUGUAGUAGGCGCACACGCGGUCGGUUACAAUGCGCGAAGUGUGGGCAUAGCACUAAUUGGUGACUGGACAGACGCUCUACCGCCACAUCCUGUGCUGGAUAAGCUGCAGCAGCUCAUAAGUUAUGGGGUACAAAUGGGUCACAUCCAACGAGACUACACACUGCUCGGCCAUGAAUGUCCGGGCAACCGACUGUAUAAUGAGCUCAGAGGGUGGCCCCACUAUAAGCAACAUGGUGCGUAAGGAGGAAUACAAGGAGGAGGGAAAGGAAAGCGUCUGGCAGGAAUACCAAAAGGGCACGAAUAGAAAUACAGCUAACAAAAAGGGAGAGGAUUGAAAUAUGGCUUGAUAAAUAAAGUUUAAAAUUAGGGAGGGAUUUAAUUUAUAUUUUGUGGCGGUCGGUUGUACAGUAAUUUGGCAUUCCGCUAAGUAACGAAAUUUAAUUGGUUUUUUAAUGUACAAACCUAUAAAUAUGCAGGCAGACUAGGCGUAAAAGUAAAAACAAAAAACAUUGCAUGGCCUCAAAAAGACUGACCACUAAUAACUUGGCCUAGAAAUGUUUUUAAAUUAUUUAUUUAUUUAUAUUGGCAAACAAAUAUUUAAAAAUUAACAAAUAACAUAGGAAUUAAGAUGAAACUAAAUAAAAUAUAUGUAAAUAA